CCAGAAUUGUUUGCUUUUAAGUAUUUCCCUGGGGUGGGCCGAGGCUGGGCUCGAACCGGCGGAGCCUCGGUAGCCUGGUCGUGUCACCAUGAUCGUGUCGUCCCAGCAACUGCUGGAGGAGCUGCAGCUCUUCGGCCUCAACUGCGACGAGGCCCUGGUGGAGAAAUUGGUGGAUCUGUGUCUUCAGUAUGAGCAGAAUGAGGAGGGGAUGGUGGGCGAGCUGCUAGCCUUCUGCACCAGCAAGAAAGUGGGCCUCACCACGGACAUCCUUGGCUCCUUCGAGCAUGAGUUUCUGAGCAAAAGGUUAUCCAAAGCCAGACAGGCCGCCUCCAAGGACAGCGGGCAUGCGGGGGCACGCGACAUCUUCUCCAUCCAGGAGCUAUUCGAAGUGGAAGAGGAAGAGGAGACUCUUCUGAACGCUUAUACCACACCUUCUAAGGGCUCUCAGAAGCGAGCUAUCACCACCCCCGAGACGCCCAUCACGAAAAGGAGGGCGUCUGCCCUAAGCCCCCAGCAGCUCCUCUCGCCAUCGAGUUUCUCGCCCAGCGCUGCCCCUUCUCAGAAAUACGCCUCGAGGAGCAGCCGAGGAGAGGUGGUGGUGUCCUUCGGUGAGGCCCAGGGAGUGUCGUGGUCCGGGAGAGGAGGAGCCGCCAACAUCAGCCUGAAGGUCUUGGGGGACCCAGAGCCUCUCACGGGCAGCUACAACUCCAUGUUCCAGAAGCUCCCCGACAUUCGGGAAGUCCUGACCUGCAGAAUUGAAGAACUGGGCAGCGACCUUAAGGACCACUACAGGAUCGAGGAGUUUGCACCCGUACUGGCCCCGGCACAGGAGCCUGUCACUCUGCUGGGGCAGAUCGGCUGCGACAGCAACGGGAAACUGAACGUCAAGUCGGUGAUCCUGGAGGGAGACCGAGAACAUUCCUCCGGCGCUCGAGUUCCUGUGGAUUUAUCAGAGCUUCAAGACUUUUCCCUGUUCCCCGGCCAGAUUGUCGCGAUGGAUGGUAUCAACUCCACUGGCACGAAGUUUGUGGCGACCAAACUCUACGAGGGUGUGCCUCUCCCGUUUUAUCAGCCCACUGCAGAAGGAGGAGACUUGGAGCAGACCAUGGUCCUGGUGGCCUGCGGGCCCUUCACCACGUCCGACAGCAUCACCUAUGACCCCCUGCUCGACCUCAUCACCAUCAUCAACCACGACCAGCCAGAUGUCUGCAUCUUGUUUGGACCCUUCCUGGAUGCAAAGCAUGAGCAGGUGGAGAACUGCCUGCUGACCAGUCCCUUUGAGGACAUCUUCAGACAGUGUCUCCGGACCAUUGUGGAAGGGACUCGCAGCUCAGGCUCCUGCCUGGUCUUCGUCCCAUCACUCAGAGACGCACACCAUGAGCCUCUGUACCCGCAGCCACCGUUCACCUGCCCGGACCUGCCCCCCCAGGACAGGAAGCGUGUGCACUUCGUGCCUGAGCCCUGCACGCUGGGCCUGGGCAGCGUGACACUGGGCCUGACGUCCACCGACGUGCUCUUCCAUGUGGGUGCCGAGGAGAUCAGCAGAGCUUCCAGCCCCUCGGACAAAUUCACUCGGAUUCUCAAGCAUAUCCUGACCCAGAGGAGCUACUAUCCACUGUACCCGCCGCAGGAAGAUGUGCCCUUGGACUUGGAGCAUUUCUACACCUUUGCACAGCUGCCACUCACCCCCGACGUGCUCAUUGUCCCGUCUGAGCUGAGAUACUUUGUGAAGGACGUCCUUGGCUGUGUGUGUGUGAACCCUGGGCGCCUCACCAAAGGGCAGGUUGGGGGCACCUUCAGCCGACUCUACCUCCGGAGGCAGGAGGCCGGGCCUGGGCAGCAAAGGCGCAGCCCCUGUGUCUCGGCCCAGGUGGUCAGGAUCUGAGGCCCAGCACUGCCACCAAGGCCACCUCCAGAGUCCAGGAUGCCCUGGGACAAGGUCCCAGCUGCAAGAGGCACAGGGGAGACAAAGGACUGAGGAGUAACUGCACCCCAAUUCCAGGCUGAACUUUCCUGUUUUCUUCACGGACACACAGAGUCCGGAGCAAACUGGCUGCAGGGCAGCCUGCUGAGAAAAGUCUAGAAAGUUUGGACUUUCCGCGUGAGUCAGACUCAAACACUUCUGGAAAAAGAAGAAUUUGUUCCGAGCGUAACUUCUGAGUCUUAAUUCUUCUGGUCUUUGGUUUUCCUGGUGGUGAGCGAAGAACCAAGGCCUCCUUGACCCCCUGGCCCGGGGCCUGCGCUGUCCGGCCCAGUCUUCCCGCUGCUUGCCUGGCUGCGUGCCCAGCCUCCCGGCCGGCCUCCUACUGACUGUGCUCCCAGCCUGGCCUCCCUGGCUGCAGGGGCUGCUCCGCAGAACUGGGCUAGAGCCGGCUGCACGGAGCCCAGGACCCUUUGCCCUGCAUCCCAGGCUGGGGGAGAAAAACAAUUGGGGGAGGGGUGCUGGGUGAGCUUUCAGCUUGGAUCUGGGCCACAGAUGGUCAGAUAAGAGAACUGGGUGAAUCUCUGCUGCACAGAAA